AUGCUCUCGAUGCUACAAAUGUGUCGAGGUGGCCUCCUCCACCUUUGCUGUGCACAGGAGCCCAGAGCGUGGCGAGAAGGCGCAUGCGGUGGUGCAGGAUGCCGAUGCCACGGAGAUCCUGGAAGCAGCGGUGCGGUCAUGUCCCUCGAGGGCAAUCUCCUUCGUGAAGAAGGAGGACGUGCCGCUGCUAGAUCUGGCUAUGCGAGAGUCUGCAACCCUGGCGCACACCUCGGGUGUUCUGCGCGGACCCUGGGAGAUCUUCCAGGAGUACGUCGUUGA